UUCUUAUUAUUAUUGUUGAACCAAUCUAACUGCGAAGUUUAUUAAUUUUUUUUGUUGGUUUUUAAUCAUUGUCAUCGUAUUGUUUAUCAAAGAUUUUAAUCCUAAAUAAAUUUGUUUGUUUAAAAUUCUUUUCAAGAAAGAUUCAUUGAUCAAAGAAAAUGUUUAAAAGCUCAACAUCUCCGUUUGAUAAAUUGCUUGAAAAAGCAACUAGUCUAACGAAUUUGGAACCAGAUUGGGGAAGUAUAAUGCAAAUUUGUGAUGCAAUCCGUCAAAAUGAUGUCCAACCCAGAUAUGCGUUGUCUGCAAUCAAGAGAAAGUUAAAUGCAACUAAUCCAAAUGUUCAAUUGAUGGCCCUAAAAGUAUUGGAAUCAUGUGUGAAAAAUUGUGGACCUAUAUUGCAUUUCGAAUUAGCCACAAAAGAAUUUAUGGAAGAAAUGCAUACUAUGUUGCGAAACAGUUCGGAUAUCAAAGUUAAAAAUGAAAUUUUACGUCUUAUACAAGCAUGGGCACAUGCAUUCCGUAAGGAACCAUCAUUCAAAGCAGUCAGUGAUCAAAUGAGAUUAAUGAAGGCUGAAGGCUUCCAAUUUCCAACGUUGAAAGAAAGUGAUGCUAUGUUUUCUGCUGAUUUAGCACCAGAAUGGUCGGAUGGUGAAUGUUGUCAUCGUUGUCGUACAUCAUUUACGGUUAUGAAUCGUAAACAUCAUUGUCGUCAUUGCGGACAAGUGUUCUGUGCGAAAUGUUCGGCGAAAACUUCGACCAUUCCGAAAUUCGGCAUUGAAAAAGAAGUUCGUGUUUGUGAUCUUUGUUAUGAUAAAAUUAACAAAAAAAUCGAAAUAAAAACUAUGCCAAUGAAUGAUUUGGCCGAAAAUUCUGCUAAGGCUAAGGGAUCAGCAAAUUCAUCGAAUCCAACAACACCGACUAAAACUAAAACUGAACAAGAAAUUCAGGAAGAAGAAGAAUUACAGCUCGCAUUGGCAUUAUCAAAAAGUGAAGCCGAAAACCUGGAAUAUGAAAAAAUGCGACAAUUUCGCAAAUCUUCUGGCAGCACUGGACAAUCAAAUAAAUCUCAUAAGAAAAGUUCGGGUUCGAAAUCGUCCUCAAAAUCGAAAAGUGGUAAAAAAUCGUCAUCAUCAUCGGCGGUGGCAAAAACUGAUCUGGAUAUUGAAAAUGAUGAUCCAGAAUUAGCUCGCUAUUUGAAUCGAGAAUAUUGGGAACAAAGAUCUCAAAGUUUUGGUGAUUAUGAACCGUCACCGUCGCCAAGUGCACCAACACCUAUAUCAACCAGUAAUUCAUCAUCUGUUGCUAAAGUAGAUAAUGAAUCAAAAAUGACUUCUCAAAAUAAAUUUGGUCAACAGAAUGAUGCUGAAUUGGAAAAUUUCAUGAAAAAUCUUCAAUCAACAAUUGAGAUUUUUGUCAAUCGGCUACAAUCAAAUAAACUUCGUGGCCGUCCAAUUACAAAUGAUAGCGGUGUUCAAGCUUUGUUUAUGAAUCUAACUAAUAUGCAUUCUCAUUUGAUGAUGUACAUGCAACAGACAAGUGAAUCUCGUUCUAAUUGUGAACGAUUGCAGGACAAAAUACAACAGAUUCGUGAUGCACGUGCUGCAUUGGAUGCAUUGCGAGAUGAACAUCGUGAUCAACUGAAACGUGCUGCAGCCGAAGCUGAACGUUUGCGGCAGCAACAAAUGGCUCAAAAAUUAGAUAUAAUGCGUAAACAAAAACAACAAUAUCUGCAAUAUCAACGUGAAUUGGCCAUUCAACGAAUGCAAGAACAAGAACGCGAAUUAAUGAUGCGAACAGAAUUAUUGAAAUUUGGUACAAAUCCGGCGUCGAUUCCUCAGCCACAACAACCGCAGCCGCAAAUGCCAUGGAAUUCAUCAGCAGCAAUGGGUCCAUAUCAUCCACAUCCAGGAACUUAUUAUCAGCCUACAUCAAAUCCACAUGGAAUGGCUGCCCAACCACCAUCACAAAUGAUGGCUCAGCCACCCCAACAAUAUCCACCUGCAUCGAUGCCUGAUCAUACAGUCGCUGGUGGUCCGAAUUCUAUGAUACCUCAACAAUCAUAUUAUAUGCCACAGCAUCAACAUCAACCUGUUGCAUAUAUGGCACCACAUUCACAACAACCACAAACUGUUACAACAAACAAUGGAUAUGCUCCAGCAACGUAUGGUGGAAUGCAAGCACCACCACAUCAAUCACAACAACAUCCCGAACAGUUGCAACAACAACAACAACAACCGGAGCCUGUUAAAGAACCAAUAAAAGAAGAGUUAUUAAUCAAUUUUGAUUAAAUUGACAUGCAAACUCAUUUACAAUUUGAA